CUCUGCUUGAUAGCAGCAGGCGCUCGCAAGACACGGAGGGACGUUAAUAUCAGUACGCGACCUUCUUCUGCCGGCGACGUAAGUUCUUUCGAACAGAAAACUCCGCCGCAGAGUCACUUUGCAGACAAUCUCAAAAGGCACCAAGUUCUCAGCUGCAUAUACUUUUGCAAAUCUAAAAUGGCCGUUGUCGACGUACGCCUCCCCAAUGGCCCACUGUACCAGGAUAUGGACGGCGUAAUACGGCUAAGCCGACACUUCACUGUCGAAAUGCUGCGCUCCGCACUCAACUAUAAGCCGCAGCCAGACGACAAGUUCGUCGUCACGUAUCCAAAGUGUGGAACAACGUGGACACAACACAUUGGCUUCUUGAUUUUCAACAAAGGCGUCCCCCCUUCCAGUGGCCUGGAGUUCUUCAGUAGAAGCCCCUAUAUCGAGAUGCUCGGCGCCGACAGUGUGCGGGACAUGACACGUCCCGGAGUGAUCAAGACGCACCUUCCUUACCACCUCAUGCCCAUGCACCCACAGGCCAAGUACCUCUACGUAUGCCGCAAUCCUAAGGACACUUGCGUGUCCUUUUUCUACCACGCACGGGGUUUCGCCGGAUACGACUUCGCCAACGGCAAGUUCGACGACUUCUUCGAGAUCUUUGUGUCCGGCGAGACCGACUACGGGGACUACUUUGACCACGUCCGGGCUUGGUACGAGCAUCGCAACGACCCGAACGUCCUCUUCCUGCACUACGAAGACAUGAAGGCACAGCCACGGGAGAGCGUGCUCAAGAUGGCUGAGUUCUUCGACGAGGCCUACCACAAGUUGCUGCUGGACAACGAGGACAUCCUCCAGAACGUGAUCAAAUACAGCGACGUCAAAUCCAUGAAGGACUAUGCCUCGCGGAACUUUGCAACCUUUUUCACAAAACCAAUAGAAGGGGAAGCGCCCGAGGGCCUCAAGGUCCUUCACGAGCUCUCACAAAAGAAUCCCUCCACUGCCAGCUUCAUUCGCAAGGGUAUCGUCGGUGACUGGAAAAGCCAUUUCUCGCCAGAACAGAACGCAAGGCUAGAGAAAAAGAUCUUGGAGCGACUCUCGAAUACGGACUUGGUGGACACGUGGCGAAAGCACGGUGUUAUGUAGUCGAUUGGCAGCGCAAAUAAACAGCGUCAGGUAACAAGUGC